CAAAAUGCAGAUAUCCACAACUGCAGGAGAAAUAAAAAGUAAGAGAAGAGUCCUGAUGAUAUUUCCCUUCUCAGUAACUUGAAGAUGAUGUACCUUCUGGUCAUAAGAGCAUAAGAAGAACCGUAUGGAAUCUGUCCGAAGGCCUAUCUAAUUCAACGUUCUGUUUCAAACCUAACCAGAUAUCCAGCUUGUUUCCAGAAGCCUUUAUUAGAAGCAGGAAAGGUUCCUUAAUUUGGCAAGCAUGGAUCACCAUAUGAUCAGGACAAUUAUGCACAUGGCUAUGGCUCUCUUAUCUUUUUUCAUCUCAAAGUUCAGUGUGUUACCUUCACUAUUAUUCAGGAUCAUGAUCUGGACUAAGCGUCUGAAAAUGGGUGUGAAGGUGAAAUACCUCAAUAAUGAGGGAUACCAAUUCAGCUAUUUCACCCGAGGGGAACCCGGAUCCCGACCAUCUGUGCUGAUGCUUCAUGGAUUCUCACUCAACAAAGACAUGUGGUUAAAUACCAUCGAAGUCUUUCCUAAGGACCUCCACUUGGUCUGCCUUGAUCUGCCAGGUCACGGGGGAACUGCUCGCUUGCUCGGAGAAAGUUACACAGCAGUUGCUCAAGCUAAAAGGAUAUACCAGUUUGUCCAGUGUGCUGGCCUGAACCACAAGCCUUUCCACCUGGUUGGCAUGUCCAUGGGAGGCAUGGUUGCUGGGGUUUAUGCCGCUCUCUAUCCAGCCCACAUCUCCUCUUUAGCCCUCCUCUGCCCAGCUGGUGUGAGGUAUUUAACUGACAGUGAAUUUUUUGCCCAAUUACGUGAGCUGAUUUUCUCUAAGGGCUCUGUGGAGAAUGCUAUUAUCCCAGUUACAGAAGAGCAGAUGGAAAACUUCAUAAAGCUCUGCUUAUACCAUCCCAUUUUUUUAAAGAUUCAGCUCCUAAAGGGAUAUCUUGAAGAUCGGACAUCACACAAGUCUGUUUUUGUAAAAUGUUUUCUGGACCUCACCAGUGGUCAAUCGAAGUACAGCCUCCAUGAGAACAUGAGGAAAAUCAGAGCUCCCACCCAGAUCAUUUGGGGAAAGGACGACAAGGUCUUCGAUUCUUCAGGUGCAGCAGUUCUGGCGGCUGCCAUUCCUAAAUCCCAAGUGCAUUGGCUGGAAAAAUGUGGACACUUCAUAACCCUCGAGAGGCCCAGGACGUCUGCAAAGCUCCUCUUGGAAUUCUACAAAUCGGUCUGUGAUUCAACCGAGCAGAAGAAAGUGGCCUGAGGCUCAGGAAGUGCCAGGUGGCUGGAGACAGGCAAGGUCUGCCCAACCACCAGACCCAUAUUGACUUCUCUGGCUGAUACAACGGGAGCUACAACUCAAGAUAUUUAGUAGGCAGCAAAAGAGGUGGGGACCUAGAGAGAACAAAGCUUUGCACCACCAUUCCAGAAAGACUGAUCAAGAAUUGAUCCAACUUUCUAAUGGAACUUGUACUUCUGUGUGUGUAGCAUCUUUUCUAACAAAGCUUGCAGUACAACAAUCUGUUUAUAGUGAUUAGAGUGGAAUGUCACUCUA